AUGCAAAGAUUUGCCAGAUUACCAUUCGCUGAUUGCAAAGACAAAUGGAAAAAUGUCCGAAAUAAUUUCGUUCGAAGUUUAAAAGAACCUCCAAGUGGUUCAUCAGCAAAAGCCAAGAAGCCGUAUUACUUGCAUGACAUUUUGCAGUUUAUGCUACCUUAUGUAAGAACCGUACAGCAUUCAGAGAAGAACAACAGCAAUAUUUUGCUGUCCGAUAUGGAUAUAUCGACGGAAAUUGAAGAAACAGAUACUGAACAAAAUACUUCCAAUUCGGUUUUCCAACCAGCAAAACGCAAUCUUCCUACGGAAUGUACAAGUAACCUAAGAAAGAAAAAAAAGGCAGGUAAUGGAGAGGAAGAAAUUGCUGGUGCUGUUUUACAAAUUGUAAAAGAAAGGCAAGAUAAAAAGGGACCUUAUGAAGGUCGUCGAUUGUUUUUAAUGAGUCUGCUAUCAGAUGUGGAGAAGAUGACGGAAGAAGACUACACGGAAUUUAGAAUUUACUGCCUUACAGGAAUUCAAAAAUUUAUGAGAAAUUCUACAAACAAUUUUAAUUUG